ACAGGGACAAAGCAUUUGGGCAAUAGCAUAACAUCAUCAUCAUAAUACAAUCUAAAAUCAAAUCCAACUACAGUUUAGACGUCCUCACUAACUCCAUCGCCGCCGUUUCCUGUAAAUUAUCUGACGUCAUCACCGCCGCCAUGGGUGCUGCUGACCCUCCUGUGGAAGAGAGAGAGAGUCAGAAGAAAGAAGAAGGAGAAGAAAGAGAAGAAAGAGAAGGGAAUGGGAAGAAAGAAGAGGAAGAAGAUGAAGAUUAUGAUGAAGAAGAAGAAGAGAGAGUGAGGGAUGUGGAGAAAGGGGAGAUGGGUCAUGUGGAGUCUGUGGAAGAAAAGGUGGUGGAGGGAAAUGAUAACAAUAUUCGUGGUGAUCAAAGAGGGUUUAAUGUGUCAAUGUUACGAACAUUGAACCCAACAAACCCAUUGAGGAUUGUUAUCAAUGGUGGCCGUACAAGAGCUGCCGCUCCUACAAGAGGUGUCGCUCCUACAAGAGGUGUCGCUCCUACAAGGGGUGCCACUCCUACAAGAGGUGCAGCUUCUAGAGUUGCUACUCCUUCUCCUUCUCCUUCUCAGCCUUCUCAGCCUUCUCAGCCUCGCUCUACUCCAACACCAACCUCACAAAUAUCACUAACAACAUUGAAUUCAACAAGGUACACCAACAAGAUAUCUCUGUUUAUUUUUGUUCUUCACAUGGUGGUGGUUGUUGGGCUAGUGGGUUUUCUUGUAUUCAAGGGAAUUCAAGGUCUAUUGGUAGCAUCAGACUCUAUUAAAAGAACAGAGAAAAGGGUGUUGGAGUAUUUUCUGCCACAAGUUGAAGCUGCAUCUCUUUUAAGCAUUACUCUUGCUUUUGCUUGGCAAAAGGCUGUCAGGGUUUGGCCUCAAUUCAUGGUUCAUUUCAUACUAUGGAGCUCCUUCCUCAUGUCACUUUCAGCUGGAAUUCUCCUAGUUUGCUUCCAAAAGCCCGCCACCGAAGGCAUUGGAGUUUGCUUUAUUGCCUUUGCAAUUGGUAAUGGCUUAUAUGCUUGUUGGGUUAAUCAGCGAAUUGGGUUUUGUACUAAAGUUUUGAUGAAAUCAUUGCAACCUGUUUCGAAGUUUCCAGAUUUGAAUCAACCCACCUAUUGGAUGCUGGGAGCUGGUUUCACAUGGAUGUCUAUAUGGAUUUUAGCUGUUGUUGGAGCCUUGAAUUUUUACUUUCCGCCUUUAAUCAUCAUUGCAUUGGGGUUGAGCUUGGCCUGGACUACAGAAGUAAUGAGGAAUGUUGUUAAUCUAACAGUUAGUAGAGUGAUUGCUCUGUAUUAUCUCAGGGGAAUGCAAUCUAGUACUCAAUUUUGCUUCCAAAGAGCCUUGACUAAGAAUCUUGGAAGUGCUUGUCUUGGAUCUCUAUUUGUGCCGUCUAUUGAAGCUAUGAGAAUUGUUGCCCGGGGUUUAAAUUUACUUGAGGGAGAAGAUGAGUUCAUGUUCUCAUGUGCACAUUGCUGUCUUAGAGUUAUGGAGUCCAUCUUCAGAUAUGGAAAUGGCUGGGCCUAUGUACAGAUAGCUGCAUAUGGCAAGGGCUUUGUGAAGGCAUCACAGGACACUUGGGAGCUGUUUGAAAGGCAAGAAAUGGAAAGCAUUGUUGACUCAGACAUGACCAGUGCUCUUUGCUUCCUUACCGGAGUCUGCAGUGGUUCUAUAUGUGUCAUAGUUGUGGCUGCUUGGACCACCAAGGUGCACCAGUCCUUCACCGCCACCAUCUCCCUCCUUGCUUUCUUUGUGGGAUACCUCAUGACCAGGAUUUCAAUGGCAUUGCCUCAUGCCUGUGUGAGUUGCUACUAUGCAUGCUAUGCGGAAAACCCUGCGAACAGAUUGUUCGAUUCAAUGAUCAAGGAUCGUCUCUCCUUGAUAAAAGCUGGUCGUGAUGUCAUCGUGCCAACGCCUCGAGUUCCACAUCGAUUCAACACGUAGCUCAUAAGUUAAAAAGGCAUGUUCUUUCCUGUAAAUUUCCCAAAUGUUAUGAACAUGGCUUGACUUGAGUUUAGCACCCUAUAAACUGUACUAUGCACCAGUUGACCUAAACGGGGUCUGUUGAAUCCAAGUAACUAAUUGAAGUCCAGCCAAGUGAUCCAGAAUCGUUGAGGUGGAAAUGCUGGUGGUGACAACAAAUUUUGAUAGUGAAAUAUCGAACUUUUUCUUGGAUGUUAUUGAUAAUGGAGGAAAUGUGGAGAGCCCACUAAGAUUCCAAUCAAACAAGGCUACAAUGACAAAAGUGUCCUUUUGUAUCAUAUUUUUGCAUAUACUUUUGGCAUAUUCGAUGGUAAAAAGCCCCACUAUUCAAUUUUUUUUAUGA